CCAACCUCAAACAACCCAAAAGAGAACAAGCAAGAGACUCCAAGAUGUUUUGCAAGGUCCGACUUAUGGCUUCUACUGUGCUGGUCAUCUUGGUGCUCGCCGCCCUAACAGAAGAUGCCUCUGCGGCAAAAGGCAAGAACAACAGAAGGAAAGGGGAUCACAUGCGCUUAAAGAGAACCACAAAGUUGGAAAAUGUAACGCUGUCUGCCAAUUUCCCCAAGUACAAUGGCCACAUCCACGAGGCUUCCUUCAGGAACCGCUCUCUGUCCCCCUGGAUCUACAAGAAGGACUUUGAUGCCAACCGCUAUCCUUCUUCCAUCGACAAGGCAGAGUGUGUGAGCAAGCAAUGCUUCAAGGAUCCAGAUCUGAACACCCGUCUGGUCAAGCAGGAGAUGCUCGUCCUCAGGAAGAAGAAGUCACGUGACGACAAGAUCAUUUACCACGUGGAGAAACUCUUGGUCCCUGUUGCUUGUGUCUGUGUCCGUCCGGAGGUCGUGCAUGCCUGA